CGUAGAUGAACGUGGUAACGUCACCAGAGUGUUUUUCGACACAACCAUCAUGGCUUCCGUGUGUACUGCCUCCCGUGUCCUCGGGAAAAGGGUGUUAUCAACGAAAGCUCUUCCAGCAGUAUCUCAGGCCAACUCCAGAAAGUUCCACUUCAACAUAAAUGGGAAAAGGGACACUGCUAAAGUUUCCUCUGGGAUCUCCACACAGUACCCAGUGGUGGAUCAUGAAUUUGAUGCAGUGGUGGUGGGAGCUGGGGGCGCUGGCUUGCGCGCUGCCUUUGGAUUGUCAGAGGCUGGCUUCAACACAGCUUGCGUCACAAAGCUCUUCCCUACCAGGUCUCACACUGUUGCUGCACAGGGAGGAAUCAACGCUGCACUUGGGAACAUGGAGGGCGAUGAUUGGAGAUGGCACUUUUAUGACACCGUGAAGGGAUCUGAUUGGCUCGGGGACCAGGAUGCCAUCCACUACAUGACUGAGCAGGCCCCAGCCGCUGUGGUUGAGCUGGAGAACUUCGGAAUGCCCUUCAGCCGCACGGACGACGGCAAGAUUUACCAGCGUGCUUUUGGUGGUCAGAGUCUGAAGUUUGGCAAAGGAGGUCAGGCCCACAGAUGCUGCUGUGUGGCUGACAGAACAGGUCACUCCCUCCUGCACACUCUUUAUGGACGGUCUCUGAGGUAUGACACCAGCUACUUUGUGGAAUACUUUGCCCUGGACCUGCUGAUGGAGGACGGGGAGUGCAGAGGGGUGAUCGCCCUGUGCAUGGAGGACGGCUCCAUCCACCGCUUCAGAUCCAAGAACACAGUCAUCGCCACUGGUGGUUAUGGUCGUGCAUACUUCAGCUGCACCUCAGCCCACACCAGCACCGGAGACGGAAACGCCAUGGUGACACGUGCCGGGCUUCCCUGCCAGGAUCUGGAGUUUGUGCAGUUCCACCCCACAGGUAUCUAUGGAGCCGGUUGCUUGAUCACAGAGGGUUGCCGUGGAGAAGGUGGAAUCCUCAUCAACAGCGAGGGCGAACGUUUCAUGGAGCGCUAUGCACCCAAUGCCAAAGACCUGGCAUCCCGAGAUGUAGUGUCCCGCUCCAUGACCAUUGAGAUCCGCGAGGGAAGGGGUGUGGGUCCAGAGAAGGACCACGUCCACCUGCAGCUGCACCACCUGCCCCCUCAGCAGCUGGCCACCCGUCUGCCCGGCAUCUCCGAGACGGCCAUGAUCUUCGCUGGCGUGGACGUCACCAAAGACCCCAUCCCCGUGCUGCCCACUGUGCACUACAACAUGGGUGGCAUCCCAACCAACUACAAGGGACAGGCUAUCAUCUACAAAGAUGGCCAGGACCAGGUUGUGCCCGGGCUGUACGCUUGCGGCGAGGCUGGGUGUGCAUCUGUCCACGGUGCCAACCGACUGGGCGCCAACUCCCUACUGGACCUGGUGGUGUUUGGUCGCGCCUGCGCCCUCACUAUCGCCGAUGUCUGCACACCAGGUGAGAAGCUGCCCCCACUGAAGGCCGAUGCUGGCGAGGAGUCCGUGGCCAACCUGGACAAAAUCCGCUUUGCCAACGGAGACAUCAGGACCUCCGAGAUCAGGAUGAAUAUGCAGAAGACCAUGCAGGCCCAUGCUGCUGUCUUCCGUACUGGUGAUGUGCUCAAGGAGGGGUGUGAGAAAAUGGACGGCAUCUACCAAACCCUUAAGGACAUCAAGACCUUUGACAGAGGCAUUGUGUGGAACACAGAUCUGGUGGAGACUCUGGAGCUGCAGAACCUGAUGCUGAACGCCGUGCAGACCAUCACCAGCGCCGAGGCCCGCAAGGAGAGCCGAGGCGCCCACGCCAGAGAGGACUUCAAGGACCGUGUGGAUGAGUACGACUACGCCAGGCCCCUUCAGGGACAGGAAAAGAUACCCUAUGACGACCACUGGAGGAAACACACACUAUCCUUUGUGGACCCAGAGACAGGAAAGGUCACCUUGAAGUACAGGCCUGUAAUUGAUGACACAUUGAAUAUGGAGGACUGUGCGGCCAUCCCUCCUGCCAUCCGGUCAUAUUAACCACACAUAUAUACACCCCUCUGUGACCAUCUCAGACUUGUCUUUAUUUAUGGCAAGAAUACUCCGGCAGUUACCCCAGACUCGCUUCUGAAAGGCCCUUUUGCAGUUCAUUCAGUACGCAGUACAUACAAAGGACCUAAAUGGAUGUAAACCGAUCAUAAACACCUGGGUUGUUUUGUGUUUAUUAAUAUAUAUGGAAUUAUACUCUACAGAAUUGCAGGAAAGAGUGAUUUAUCAUCCGUCACUUUUGCUUAUGUUCUUUGAAGCAAAUAAAUAAAAUAUUUAAUAUUUAAAUAUUGACUGAUUCUUUAGAUAAAUGUUUGAAGAGGCAACAAUACUCUGUUAUUUAGUGAGGAUCUUCUCUCAAAUGCCAAACUGAUUGUCCCAUUCUCUUGACUCUUGUGGCCUUCCGUUCAGGACAAACACACUCGCAUGCAUGUCAAAUGUUUUGUAGGCUUUAUUGAAUAAAGAUACUCUGUUGUCCUCGA